AUGUUUAAACUAAACGUCUUCAUCUCAGUAUGGAUGAACAUCCGCAUUCAUGUACUGAACACAAAUGUCUUCACCAGUCAACUUUUCAAAACUUGGACGAAAUGGAUUUUGAAAGGGGGAUAUGGAGUGCUGCGAAAUAACCACAAAGAUAUUUGUGAUUUGUUAAUAACAACUGGGGCAAAUAUUUUUGCCAAGACAAAAAGUGAUGGGGCUACACCUGCACAUCGUGCUGCAUAUACUGGACGACUGAAUAUCUUGCAGUUACUUGUUGACAAAGGUGGGGUCGCACUUUUGGAAUUCGGUGAUGGUGAUGGAAGAAACUGUUUGCAUCACGCGUACCGUGGAAAUCAGCAGAAUGUAAUAAGUUGGAUAUUGGAAAAUUAUCCUCAUCUUUCCACAAUGGCAGACAACAAAGGUAUUCUACCCAUCUCUUUAGCACCUAGCUAG